AUGGCUGACACUCCUGAAUCAUCAGAGAAUAUGGAGACUGAAGGGACCAGCACCGCCGAGGAGAAUAUUAAUUUGGUCGAUGUAAUCGACGACCUUGAAUUAUAUUGGGUCGGUGCCGAGCCCCAAGGGAUGGCAUUGAUCUACAAUCAUACUCGAAGGAAAGCCUACACAGUCGUCGAGUACGGAGCCGGCCAGGAAGGUUUUCAGAGAAACUUCAAAAUCCUGAGACCAGCGCAAGAUGCUCGCAUAUGCUCGGAGUACAUCGAGGACGCCUUCCCCAUGUACGAGGUCGUGUUGAAAGACCUUGGACUUCGACUUCCUUUUAACGACUUCCAGAUGGGGGUGUUCAGUCAUUUGAGCUUGGCACCCUCCCAACUUCAUCCUAACGCGAUUGCCUUUAUCAGAGCAUUCAAACUUACAUGUCGGUUCCUGAGGAUUGAGGCGACCAUUUCCCUGUUCUUCAGGGUUUUUCACUUGCAAUGGCAGUCCCGAGUAGAGAAACAUAGUUGGGUAUCCCUUAAACAAUCGAAGAGGCUGUUUGGGAUGUAUAUGGAUUCUGUCCGGGACUUUAAGGACAAAUGUUAUAUCUUGCAACCAUCUACCCAAACAACCUUGGAUUCUCUAUUCGACCCGGCUACCAUUAUGGACGAGGAUGGGGAUUCUUGCUUGGACACCGAAGGAAAUCCUGAGAUUGGGAGAAUCUCAAAGUUUCCCAUUCAUUGGUGUUCGGGCCACUACGAUCAUGGUUCCGGGCAUUACCACACUUCCUCCAGUGGUAUGAGUGUCGAAGACGAAGAGGCAUAUGGUGUCCUCAAUCAUUUCGUUGAUGGUUUCUUCCACGCCAAAUGGGUCACACAGGAAGGGCGCAACAUCCUGGACGAAGACGACGAUCCGAUGUUCGAGGCGCGUUCAAUUAAUACAAAGGCGCUCGUCGAGUAUCAAUCUUACGGGCAGGCCGUGGAUCUCUUAGGUUUUUUUGCUUACUUUUACUAUUGUUUGCCUUCUUUUGUUUCUUCGACGAAGCUGACUCGGACACAUUUUCUUUGUUUUUGCAGGUCACAUGGAGGAGCGCCGCGAGAGAUUGCUGAAGCUGACUAUGGAGAAAAAGAGCCACAAGAGAUUGGUGAAACCUCAUCAAGCUACGCGCAUGGGUUCAUCCUCCGAGCAGACCAGGGAAGGAUCUAA